CUGACGGGUAACGUCGGGUCCUGGACUCAGCAGGAGCUUUAGCGAUACAGGCAAAUACGAAAUUUACAAUGUAGCCCUGCUGCUAGAUACCAGGUUUUUGCUCCGCGUGUGGCAGUUCUUCAUCAGGCGGGGAGAUGGCGGAGCCACCGAGCCCCAAACCUGACGGCACUCAGGCGCGUCAUCCGCAACACCUGAGCAAUCAAGGCCGGAGCAUGUCCCGUAGAAAAAGUUUCUUUAGAAGCUCGCAAUCUUCGGUGGAGGUCGAUGCUAAGCCAGAUAAAGCAGCUACCCGGGCAGCAAAAUUGGCAAGCCUGGACGGCCGCCACCGCUACAUCAUAGACGCCCUGGUGGAGCGUUUUGAAAUGACACAGGAUGAUGUGGAGACUUGCUUUAUCGAGUUAUCGAUGGACACAAUGGAGAGGUUCUUCGUUGCCGAUGGUAUACGGUCUCUGAGCUUUUUCUACAUACCACCCGGGAAGGCACAAGGAGAGAGCAAAGCAGAUGCUCGAGAUGAGAAAAAGGUGGCGCCACUAUUGAAAAAAGCGUGUCGUAUCAAGCUGGCCGACCCGUCUACUGAUCAGUUCUACGGGAGAGGACUGGUGGCGACGCGUGUAACGACACGAGCCGUAACAGCAUUCAACGCAGACCAGGACAUCUACUUCCAUGGCAUACAGUACAUGGAGGAGAGCCACAGCGACGCCGAGACGGGUCUCAUGACCUACAUCCACCGGAACAAGGAGAGACGCGACAGCGGCGAGAUGAUGAUGUGGAUGGAGCUGAUGCUGGAGAAGGUCUUCUUCCCGCACGUCGUGAAGACCAGGGAGUGGGCACUGGCCACGGGGGACUACAAGGCAAGACGGACAUUCAUUGAUCAAUUCCAGCAGUUCAUCACAUUCUUGAAGCAUUGCCGGUACUGCCUCUCCCAUGCGCUGCUGUUCCGGAGAGAUGACAGUCUCGACUUCUCACCCUACGCUAAUGCCAUGGUGGCGCGUGAAGCAUCGUUGAAUCCCGCUGCUCUUGCCACGGCUAACAUAUUGCUCAAGGAAUGGUCACAGAACCUGAGUAUCGCAUUAUCUGAGAUGACGAGAGCCCGUUGUGAGCCGGAAACGGCUGACGUUCGUUUCGAGUACUGGUUCUGGAAGCAGCGCUGCUCUAAGCUCUCGUCCGUCGUCCACUACAAAGAGUCACCGUAUUGCCGAGGAGUGCGCAAUGUCCUGCUUCUGGCACGCUCCCCAAUUUUCAAGGCAUUCAAGAAGCUCGAUGGCGAAAUCACCGUGGCGUGGACAGAAGCCAAGGACAAUUGCAAACAUUUGUUUAUCAUUGACCAAUGCUGCGUGCAGAUGCUCAAGGAAAAGCCAGAAAAACAUGGCGCAAAGGUGGCCAAUGUCGUCAGGCCUAUUCGACUAAUGUACCAGUACUCAAGGAGCUACGGACAGUUGGAAAUGGUGGAAGCAUUGUUCAUCAAGGUUACAACCAUGCUGAUCACAAGUUGCCAGAAUUACAUAUCUUGCGACAAUCGCAUCUCCGUCUGGAAUCUCAAGUUCCCGGACUUGCGUGCACGCUUUGCAGUCAUCCACAACAUAUUCAGAGAGUAUCAAAGGUCAUACCACGCUGAAAAGGACGACUUCACCAAACAGAUGCUAUUUGAAAGGAGGGAGGGUGGACGAAAUCCUUACAAACAUCGGGAUUUUGCCUUCUGUGAAGACCGGAUCUUUGAGAAAUUCUUGAAUUUCUGUAAUAGGUUAAAGAAACUAGAAACGGUGCUGUCCUGGAAGGACUUGUUUGCUCCGCUCAACCGGUCCAGGAUCGAGAGCAUCGAGCAGUUCACCCAUCUGUAUAACAAGACCAUGCGAACUCUGAUGUUCUCCCCGCACAAGGCCCUCAACUAUCACGACGUCGGCUUUGAUAAGAUUGCCGAUGACGCCAUCGUGACCUUCAAUAAGAUGCUUAUUGACUUGCAGAAAUUCACAGAUGACACGUUCAACAUCAAAGUCCCUCGUGUCUACCAAGCCUUGCAAGUGAUAGUGCGCUUUGAGGAUCUCCAGAUUGUUGAAUUGCGUUAUCGCCAGCGCUACGAAUUGAUCCUGCGUAACCUUGGCAGCGAUGUCGGCUACCACACGCCGUAUAUACUUGGCGAGGACAAGCGGCUACCCAAGCUUUAUCACAUGCCCAGACCAGCCGGAGCGGCCGUGUGGCGUAAAAUCAAGAUCGAAGACCUGAACAAGCACUUCAAGACCAUCAGGGUGCGACAGGGCGGCAUUUGGAAGGACAAAGCGCCCUGGGUGGCCGACGUGGGCCGGCAUUAUAACCAGUUUGCGAUAUCGGCACUGAAUGUGAACAACGAGUACAAGGCGACGUGGGAGAAGGAGUACUCCGGUGAAAUGCUAGACUGCUCGCACGCCACCGUGAUGGCCGCCAAGCCAGACAAGGAGUCAGGAGAGCUCGAGUUCAAGGUGAACUUUGACAAGAAGAUCACGCUGGUGCACAAGACGGCCUGGGUGUUUGACGUGAUGGAGGCCAUGCUGCCGCAGCACGAGAAUAUCCAGCUGGUCACGCGCAGGUGGAACAAGUACACCAUGAUCAAGAAUAUGAUGCAGCACGUUCUCUCAGAGUUGGAUCGUAUUCGCGAGAAGAUCCCACCGCCCAUGGUCGGUAUUAUGUACCCGUUUGUACAGAAGGCUCAGCGCGUCCUCUAUCUGGGCACGUGGAAGAAGGCCUGGAUCAGCCUUCUCGUGCACGAGUACAUACGGGACUGCUACGCGGCGCUGGAUGAGCUGGAGCGACUUGUGGACCAUGUGAACGAGACAAUACAGUACCGAGUGUUUGGCCCGUUCAAGGAGAUCAGCAAGGUGAAGCUGUGCGACAUGCCGCAGCGCCAGACCUACAAGACUGACGUGUUUGUGCAGCGAAUAGAGGAGCUUGCUGCGAAAGCUGCUCCACUGAUCGAGGAGAAGAAUCACUUGGCUGAGGAGGCCAUCGUGGAGUUGCUUGACAUGUUGCUCGGUCCAACCGACUUCACAGCAGAGGAUGACGACGAAGAGGAUGUCCCGACUGCGACCGAGAUCCGAGAGGUCAAAGGGAAAGCUGCAGAAGCUCUGAGUAGGAAGGAGCAGCGUACACUGCGCAUUGACCUAGAGGCCAAUGCCAACUUUGUCAUCAACAGGUACCAGCAGGUUGGUAUCAACACCAUGAUGAAACUGACUGAAGGGACACUGGAGAGGAUCAAGCGACGAUUCAGCAUACCCAAAGAGGACGCACCGAAAGCGCACUGGGAGGUGUUGACUGUGAAGGAGCCGAAGAAGAAACUGCCGCCUCCCGGACCGUGCUUUGCAGUUGAUAUGGAGUUGGUGUACCCCGGCUUCGCCACAAAUCCCACGCUAGAGGCACUCCAGCUGGUCAUCAACACUGCCAUGCAGAAGCUGCUGGGAACGUUCAAGAACGUCACCGAGUGGGCAAAGUACGACGGCAGCAUGGACAAGGCAGUGGCGAUCAUCAGCGCCCGGCGUGAGGAGGCCGAAAAGGAGCGCAACGACGAUGCGCAGACGUUCACGACAAAGUUUGCAGGCAGACCGAGAGGCGGUGGAGGUCCUGGGGAGACAAGCACAGGCGGUACCGAACUGUCCACGCAAGCAAAGAUCAAGGCGCAGAAAGAAGAAGAGGAGAAGCGCCUGAAGGAAGUGGAGGAGAUGCGUGAACUGGUCUCUAACCUGAUGAAGCUUGGUGACGACGGUACUGUACCAGGCAAGAACAAGUGCUACUUUAACACAAUCUGCAUGCACCAAGACAUCAUGCGGCUCAUCACGCAGCUAGCCAUGAGUAUCAAAUCUCUAGACAAACCCGUGAAAGUGGCCAUGGCUGAGUUCUACCGUUACAAGCGCCUGUGGAAAGAGGACAAGGACACGAAACUGAAGGUGUUCCUGGAGAAUCUGACGCACCAGAAUCAGUUUGAGGAGGAGAUACGUAACUAUCAACGUGCCAUCUACGAGAUCACGGGCUUGAAGGAGACGUGUAAUGUGGGCCCACUGGCCAUUUGUACAAACAACCUGAAGCACGCUCUGGUCGCCGAAAGCCGCAGGUGGAUCAUGUUCUUCUGCAAGCACAUGAACGAGAAGUACCGCAACAUGAUGGAGGAGCUGGUGUCCUUCAUGGAUGAUUGCCAGCGCAAGCUGAACCGAGAGAUUAAGGAUCUGGAUGACGUUCGUCUGGCAAUGGCGACGCUGAAGAGACUGCGAGAGAACGGAGUUCGGUUUGAUCACAAUGCCACACCGAUAGAGGACACAUAUACAUUCUUGAACAAGCAUGGCUUUCAUCCGCACCGAGACGAAGUCGAACGAGUGGACUCUCUGCGCUACAGAUGGGAGCGCGUGAGCAACAAGGCGUCCGAUGUCCAAGUCCAUCUCGCAUCAGUGCAGCCUCACUUCCGCCAAGAUCUGCUGGAGAAGGUUGCUGCAUUCAAAAUCGACACUGUCGACUUCUUCUCGUCCUAUGCCGAUGAUGGCCCCAUGGUGCAAGGCCUGGAGCCCAUUGAGGCUAGCGAUCGCCUUGUAGCCUAUCAGAUCCGCUUUGAUGACCUGUGGCGCAAGUAUAUGGCAUACAGCGACGGAGAAGAACUCUUCGGUCUGGACGUGAAUGAGUAUCCUGAACUGGACGCCAUUCGCAAAGAGCUGAACCUACUGCAGAAACUCUACGGCCUGUGGAACAGCGUAAACACGACGUUUGAUAGGUACUCUGACAUUGUGUGGACAGACAUGGACCUGGAGAAGAUGAACAACGAGCUGCAGGAAUUCCAGAAUAGAUGCCGCAAGCUCCCGAAGGCCCUGAAGGAGUGGCCCGCCUUCCACAACCUCAAGCAAAUGAUUGAUGACAUGAAUGAGAUCUGUCCGCUGCUCGAGAUGCUCUCCAACAAGUCCAUGCAGCCGCGUCACUGGGAGCGUAUAUCCAAGCUGACCAAGCAUAACCUGGACGUGGAGGCGCCGCAGUUCAUGUUGAAAUCCGUCCUGGAUGCCGACAUACUGGUAUUCAAGGAGGAUGUGGAGGACAUAUGCAUAGCAGCUGUGAAAGAGAAGGACAUCGAAGCCAAGCUGAAGGGCGUGAUCAGUGACUGGAACUUCCGUGAGCUAGAGUUCAACGAGUUCAAGAAUCGCGGCGAAAUGCUCCUGAAGAGCGACCACAUCAGCGAGGCCAUAUCCUCACUGGAGGAUAGCCUGAUGGUGCUCAGCUCUCUCAUGAGCAACAGAUAUAACACUCACUUCAAGAAGAAAAUUCAGACUUGGGUGCAGAAGCUGAGCAGCACGUCGGACAUUGUGGAAAGUUGGAUGCAAGUACAGAACCUCUGGGUGUAUCUGGAAGCGGUGUUUGUGGCUGGCGACAUCGCCAAGCAGCUACCAAAGGAAGCAAAGCGCUUUGUUGCUAUCGACAAAUCCUGGCAGAAGAUCAUGCAGCGUGGCCACGAGAACCGCAACAUUGUCAGGUGCUGUACGGAGGACGAGACACUGACACAGCUGUUACCACACCUCCUAGAACAGCUGGAGCUCUGUCAGAAGUCACUGACAGGGUACUUGGAGAAGAAGCGACUGGUGUUUCCUCGCUUUUUCUUCGUCUCCGACCCUGUCCUGUUGGAGAUCCUUGGGCAAGCAAGCGACUCUCAUACCAUACAGCCACAUCUACUCAGCAUCUUCGACAAUGUCAAAACAGUCACCUUCGACAAGCUCGACUACAACAAGAUCUUGGAAAUCAAUUCUCGAGAACCAGAGACUAUCCCGUUAAUAAAGCCGAUCUUUGCUCAAGGUAAUGUAGAGGUUUGGCUGAAUGACCUACUGAUGGAAGCCCAGAGAUCCCUGCACGAGAUAAUUCGGCAAGCAUACUCGUCUCUAAGCUCAAAGAAGUUCAGUCUGAUGGAUUUUGUGUGGAGCUCGCCAGCUCAGGUCGGCUUGCUGGCCAUCCAAAUGACUUGGACGCGAGACGCACAGCGAGCACUGCGUAUGGCCGUUGAUGACAAGGAGAUCAUGAACAAGACCAACGAGAGCUUCCAGAGUCUGCUUAACAAGCUCAUCGACACCACAUUGCAGAACCUCACCAAGCUGGAGAGGACAAAGUUUGAGACACUUAUCACCAUUCACGUUCACCAGCGAGACAUCUUUGAUGAGCUGGUGUCGACAGAUGUUCGCUCCCACACCGACUUUGAGUGGCUAAAGCAGACACGGUUUUACUUUAAGGCUGACACCAACAUGACGGAGAUCUGCAUCACCGACGUAACGUUCGUAUACCAGAACGAGUUCUUGGGCUGCACGGAUCGUCUGGUGAUCACACCGCUGACUGAUCGCUGCUACAUCACCCUAGCACAGGCGCUGGGCAUGGCACUGGGUGGUGCCCCGGCCGGUCCUGCUGGGACUGGUAAAACGGAGACGACCAAGGACAUGGGCAAGGCACUGGGCAAGUACGUUGUCGUCUUCAACUGUUCUGAUCAGAUGGACUAUCGUGGGUUGGGACGUAUCUACAAAGGCUUGGCUCAGUCAGGUAGCUGGGGUUGCUUUGAUGAAUUCAAUCGUAUAGAGCUACCCGUACUGUCAGUAGCCGCCCAACAGAUUGCCAUCAUUCUGCAGUGUAAGAAAGAUCGCAAGCCGACUUUCACCUUCACUGAUGGUGACAUUGUUUCAAUGAAUCCAGAAUUUGGGCUUUUCCUGACCAUGAACCCUGGCUACGCCGGUCGACAGGAGUUGCCAGAAAAUCUUAAGAUCAACUUCAGAACAGUUGCCAUGAUGGUACCUGAUCGUCAGAUUAUCAUCCGUGUCAAACUUGCCAGUGCUGGUUUCCUGGAGAACAUCAACCUGUCGAGAAAGUUUUACACGCUCUACAAGCUGUGCGAAGAGCAGCUCUCCAAACAAGUGCACUACGACUUUGGAUUGCGAAACAUCCUCUCCGUGCUGCGAACGCUGGGCAAUGUCAAGCGUCAGAACCCGAACGACAGCGAGAGCACGACCGUGAUGCGUGUGCUCAGGGACAUGAACUUGUCCAAACUAGUCGAUGAAGACGAGCCGCUUUUCUUGAGCUUGAUUGACGAUCUCUUUCCGGGAAUCGUUCUGGACAAAGCUGGCUACCCAGAUCUGGAAGCAGCAAUUGUGGCUAAUGUCAGAGAGGUUGGGCUGAUUGCGCACCCACCGUGGGUGCUGAAACUCAUUCAGCUGUUUGAAACCCAGCGUGUACGCCAUGGCAUGAUGGCCCUGGGUCCCAGCGGUGCGGGCAAAACAAAGUGCAUUCAAAUGUUGAUGAAGGCCAUGACCGACUGCGGUCAACCACAUCGUGAGAUGAGAAUGAAUCCAAAGGCCAUCACAGCGCCGCAGAUGUUCGGACGUCUCGACGUUGCCACCAACGAUUGGACUGACGGUAUCUUCUCCACACUGUGGCGACGAACACACAAGGCGAAGAAAGGCGAGCAUAUUUGGAUCGUCCUUGACGGACCGGUGGAUGCUAUUUGGAUUGAAAAUUUGAACAGUGUACUGGACGACAACAAGACAUUGACACUGGCCAACGGUGAUCGUAUUUCCAUGGCACCACUCUGCAAGAUCUGUUUCGAGCCGCACAACAUCGACAAUGCUUCCCCGGCCACUGUAUCGAGAAACGGAAUGGUGUUCAUGAGCUCAUCCGCACUGGACUGGAAGCCCAUACUUUCGGGAUGGAUGCUGACACGACUUGAUGAAGAGCGCACAACAUUGAUGAAACUCUUUGAGGAGACAUUCCCCAAAGUGCUCGACUUCAACACAACUUCUCUAAUUCCUAAAAUGGACGUAUUGGAGUGCAACUAUAUAACACAGGCCAUUCGCCUACUGGAGGGUAUCCUACCCAAGAGGGCCAUAGAGGAAGACGACAGCGGGGGCGGCGGCCACGCCGAGCCUACUGCAGACCAAGCUGUCACCAGCAACCUGGCUACGAUAAGUGAAGCUGGCGAUGGUGCUGCAAAGAACGACAAACCAGCCAAGGAAACAGCGACGGGAAAAGCGGCAAAAACUCCAUCACCAGUUCCAGCAGCGGGCGGCAGCGAGAAGACCGAGAAGGCGGCACCUAGGUUAUCAGUGACGCGGCGUAGCUCGAUCACCAGACCCCGCGGGCUAUCCGACGGCGGAGCGGGGAACGCCCGCCUCCUCUCCGUGGAUGCGUUCAUCGUCAAGCUUCCGCCAGAGGUGCUGGAAAGAUACUACAUCUUCAGCUUGAUGUGGAGCGUCGGUGCACUGCUGGAGCUGGCGGAUCGCAAGAAAUUGGAAGAGUUCUUGCGUGCGGAGACGUCUCUGAACCUGCCCAAGAUUCACCCGGGUUCAGGAGACACAAUAUUCGAAUAUGUAGUCAACGAAGACACAGGCGAGUGGCAGCACUGGAAGGAUCGUAUUGAAGAGUACACGUACCCGGUUGAUCACGUGCCCGAGUACGCGUCCAUUCUAGUACCCAACGUGGACAAUGUCAGGGCCGAUUACCUAAUCAACGCCAUCGCCUCUCAAAACCUGGGUGUUCUUCUAAUCGGUGAACAAGGAACGGCCAAGACCGUCAUCACCAAGGGAUACAUGAAUAAGUACAACCCGGAGAAGCACCUCGGCAAGAGCUUCAACUUUUCCUCAGCGUCCACUCCAUACAUGUUCCAGAGAACGAUAGAGUCGUAUGUGGAGAAGCGUAUGGGCAUGACGUUUGGCCCACCGGCUGGCCGUAAGAUGACCGUCUUCAUCGACGACAUCAACAUGCCAAUCAUCAACGAAUGGGGUGAUCAAGUCACCAAUGAGAUUGUACGACAGACUAUCGAGAUGCAGGGCUUCUACAGCUUGGAGAAGCCUGGUGAUUUCACCAGUAUCGUCGACAUUCAGUUCCUAGCCGCCAUGAUUCACCCUGGUGGAGGUCGCAACGACAUUCCCAGUCGUCUGAAACGGCAGUUUGCCAUUCUGAACUGCACACUGCCGUCCGAAAACUCCAUCGACAAAAUAUUUGGUGUAAUUGCCAAGGGCUACUUCUGUGCUGAAAGAGAGUUUACACCCGAGGUCGUCUCGCUAAUUGGUGACCUAGUGCAAGUUACACGGCUGUUAUGGCAGAGUACUAAGGUGAAGAUGUUACCAACGCCUGCCAAGUUCCACUACAUCUUUAACCUGCGCGACCUCUCCCGUAUAUGGGAGGGCAUGCUCAAGGUCAGCGGCGAGACGAUAACGACGGCGAACGACGUCAUCGGCUUGUGGAAGCAUGAGUGCCAGCGUGUCAUCGCCGACCGGUUCACGGAGAAAGCGGAUCGUGACUGGUUCGAUCAGUGCAUGAAGCAGACCUGCUCGAGAAAAAUGUCACCGGAGCUCGCCAGUCAAUUACCCGAUGAGCCAUAUUUCGUCGAUUUCAUGCGUGAUGCUCCUGAGCUCACAGGCGAUGAACCAGAUGACCAAGACAUGGAAGCUCCUAAGAUCUACGAGAGGGUGAUGACCCUCGAUGAACUGGAGCAGCGUUUGAGCUCUCUGCAGGCGCAGUACAAUGAGUCAAUACGCGGUGUCGGUAUGGACCUAGUGUUCUUCAAGGACGCCAUGACACAUUUAAUAAAGAUCUCACGUGUGAUACGAACAAGCCGUGGCCACUGUCUACUGGUUGGUGUGGGUGGCUCUGGCAAGCAAAGUUUAACACGCCUGGCAUCAUACAUUGCCGGCUACAAGACCUUCCAGAUCACCCUCUCAAGGUCGUACAACGUCACCAACCUGCAGGAAGACCUGCGCUUUCUUUACCGUACUGCCGGCCAUCAAGGCAAAGGCAUAACGUUCAUCUUCACCGAUCAGGAUGUGAAGGAGGAGGCAUUCCUGGAGUACCUGAACAACAUACUGGCUUCAGGAGAGGUUGCCAACCUCUUCCCGCGUGAUGAACACGAUGAGAUAAUGAAUGACAUCAUAUCGCCGAUGAAAAAAGAGUUUCCACGACGACCGCCGACCCAGGAGAACCUUCACGAGUACUUUCUGUACCGCUGUCGUCUCAAUCUUCACGUUGUGUUGUGCUUCUCACCAGUUGGUGAGAAAUUCCGUAACCGUGCUCUCAAGUUCCCAGCAUUGAUUUCCGGCUGUACCAUGGACUGGUUUAGUCGCUGGCCCAAAGAAGCCCUGCAGGCGGUGGCCAGGCAUUUCCUGGCCUCUUACGACAUCGUAUGCACCGCAGCGGUGAAGCAGCACGUUGUCUUUGCCAUGGGAAUGUUCCAAGAUCGCGUGGCGGAGGCCAGCGUCGACUACUUUCAUAGAUUCCGGCGUACGACCCACGUCACCCCGGUAUCGUACCUAUCCUUCAUCAACAGCUAUAAGUCUGUAUACACUGAGAAGCACUCAGCCAUUGGCUUGCUAGCCGAGCGUAUGCAGACGGGUCUGGAUAAGCUGACCGAGGCCGGUCAUAGCGUGGCUAAGCUCUCCAAGGAGCUUGUAGUCAAGGAGAAGGAGCUGGCCAUAGCGUCCACUAAGGCCGAAAAGGUGUUGAGUGAGGUAACGGAGAGUGCACAGGCGGCAGAGAAAGUCAAGGCCGAGGUGCAGGUGGUCAAGGACAAGGCGGAGGCCAUCGUCGUAGCUAUUGGGGCUGAUCGUAAAGUUGCUCAAGUUAAGUUGGAUGAAGCUAAACCAGCCCUGGAAGAGGCUGCCGCAGCUUUGCUAACAAUCAAGCCUGCUGAUAUUGCAACUGUACGCAAGUUGUCCAAGCCACCUCACCUUAUUAUGAGAAUCAUGGACUGCUGCCUGGUGCUGAUGCAACGCAAGAUCAGUCCGUUCAGGAAAGAUCCGGACCACGAGACGUGCAAGCCAAGCUGGACGGACUCGAUGAAGCUGAUGAGUGGAGGUGGAUUCCUACAAGCCCUACAGAACUUCCCAAAAGAUCUUAUCAACGAUGAGAUCGUCGAGCUGCUACAGCCGUACUUUGAGGCCGAAGAUUACAAUGCGCUGACGGCGAAGAAAGUCUGCGGCAACGUGGCUGGUCUGUGUUCCUGGACCAAAGCCAUGGCUAAGUUCUACGCCACUAAUAAGGAGAUCUUGCCACUCAAGGCUAAUCUGUUGAAACAAGAAGCCUUGUUGAAUGUAGCUCAGAAAGAGCUGGAUGAGGCACAGGCUCAGCUGGACGAGAAAGAAGCACAGCUCAAGGAGCAGCAGAUGAAGUAUGAAAACGCCAUGGCCGAGAAACAGGCCCUGAUAGACGACGCUGAGCUAUGUCGUCGCAAGAUGGGCUCAGCCACGGCCCUGAUUGAAGGUCUCUCAGGAGAGAAGGAGAGAUGGACACAGCAGAGUAAGGAGUUUGACGAGCAGAUUCAACGACUUGUCGGAGACGUUCUCCUUUGCACGGCUUUCCUGUCGUACGCCGGACCAUUCAAUCAGGAGUUCCGAGACGUGCUGGUCAAGGAUUGGAAGAAGGAGAUCAAGCACAGGGGAAUACCCCUCACUUCUACCAUAGAGAUCAUUGAUGAGCUAGUCGACUCUACGACGAUUGGUGAAUGGGGACUGCAAGGUCUGCCCAACGAUGAGCUAUCCAUCCAGAACGGCAUCAUCGUCACGACGGCAGCACGCUACCCAUUGCUCAUCGACCCACAGGGGCAAGGCAAGCGCUGGGUCAAGAACAGAGAAGCCAAGAAUCGUCUUCGGGUGACCGCACUGAACAGCAAAUACUUCCGUACACACUUGGAAGAUAGCUUGUCUCUCGGUAACCCGUUGCUCAUCGAAGACAUUGGCGAAGAGCUUGACCCGGCACUCGACAAUGUGCUGGAGAAGAACUUCAUCAAGAGUGGCAAGUCUCUAAAGGUCAAAGUCGGUGACAAGGAGGUGGAUGUCAUGAAGGGCUUUAUGCUCUACAUCACAACCAAACUUCCCAAUCCGUCGUAUACACCCGAGAUUUCGGCCAAAACCUCCAUCAUCGAUUUCACCGUCACAAUGAAGGGUCUCGGCGAUCAGCUCCUGGGUCUGGUAAUUUUGAAGGAGAAGCAAGAGCUGGAGCAAGAGCGUGUAGAUCUCUUGGAAGACGUGACGUCCAACAAGAGAAAGAUGAAGGAGCUGGAGGACAACGUUCUGUAUCGACUGACGUCCACUCAGGGUUCCCUAGUCGAUGACGAGACGUUGAUCGAUGUUCUUAGAACAACAAAGCUGACGGCACAGGACGUACAAGAAAAGCUUGUCGUUGCUGCGGCCACACAAGUCAAGAUCACAUCUGCGCGUGAGGAGUUCCGACCAGUGGCCACACGCGGCAGUAUUCUCUACUUCUUGAUCACAAACAUGAGCAUGGUCAACUGUAUGUACCAAACAUCUCUACCGCAGUUCCUGGGACUAUUCGACAAGUCCAUGGAACGCUCGGAGAAGUCCUACUUUGCCGAUGCUCGCAUCGACAACAUAGUCAACUACCUAACACUGGAGGUGUUUCGCUAUACAAUGCGAGGCCUAUACGAACAGGACAAGUUCCUGUUUACUCUUCUGCUGACUCUCAAAAUUGAUAUUGAUCUCAGAAAGAUUAAGCAUGAAGAGCUGAUGGUGCUGAUCAAGGGUGGCGCAGCACUGGACAUCAAUUCCAUACCCAAAAACAAACCUACCUGGAUGCUGGACGGCACAUGGUUAAAUCUCGUUGCGCUGGAGAAUCUGGAGCGCUUCCGCGGGAUAACCGAAACCGUGUUGAAGAAGCCCAAGCUCUGGAAGACCUGGUUUGACAAGCCAGCGCCGGAGGAGGCUAAAGUGCCCAGCGACUACUCGACACCGCAUGACAGUAUGUUCAGUUUGCUGUUGCUAGUGCGUAGCUGGUGUCCAGACCGCAUCACCGCACAGGCCAUGAAGUACAUAGCCGAGUCGCUGGGAGAGGACUUCUCCGAAGGGUACAUUCUCGAUAUAGAGGAAAUGCUGAACGAGAGUACCCCGCACACACCGCUGAUCUGCCUACUCUCCAUGGGCUCUGACCCGACGUCGAACAUCGAGGGCCUGGCCAAGCGCAAGCGGCUGGAGUGCCACGCCAUCAGCAUGGGGCAGGGACAGGACGUGCACGCUCGGCGUCUUCUGGAGCAGGACAUGCGCAAUGGCGCCUGGGCUCUAUUGCAGAACUGUCACUUAGGUCUGGACUUCAUGGACGAACUCUUCACCAUGGUCUCUGAAGCGGAGAAAGUCAAUCCCGAUUUCAGACUAUGGAUCACCACCGAAGUCCACCCGAAGUUCCCCAUCUCCCUGCUGCAGAUUGGCAUUAAGUAUACCAAUGAGCCGCCGCACGGUAUCAAGCCAGGCCUGAAGCGAACAUACAGAGGCAUCACACAGGAGCACCUGGAGAUCAAUGGAAUGCCCCAGUGGAGACCAAUGCUGUUCGCACUGGCAUUCCUGCAUACAAUCGUGCAGGAACGUCGAAAGUUCGGUCCGCUGGGUUGGAACAUCCCGUACGAGUUCAACCAGUCCGACUUCACGUCGACUAUGCAGUUCUUUCAGAACCACCUCGAUGACAUGGAUCUGAAAAAGGGUGUCUCAUGGAUAACUAUCCAGUACAUGAUUGGUGAGGUGCAGUAUGGCGGUCGUGUCACGGACGAUUUCGACAAGAUUCUCCUGAACACUUACGCCAGAACCUACUUCAAUGCCUGCAUGUUUGCGUAUGGUAACUACAUCGGUAUGCCCGGUUACACCAUACCGGUGGAUAUCACUGGUGACAAGUUUCGCAUAUGGCAGGACUUCAUGGACCACAUCGACCAGCUGCCGGCCAAUGACACGCCCGAGGUGUUUGGACUGCACGUCAAUGCUGAUAUUGCUUACCAAACCAACACGGCACAAACCUGCAUGAACAUCAUUCUCAGCAUCCAGCCAAAGGACUCCGGUGGCAGCGGUGGGGCUACACGUGAGAGCGUCGUCUUCAAGCAGGCCGAAGACAUGCUCAAACGCCUGCCCGCCGCCUACGUACCGCACGAGGUCAAGGCGCGACUGCACGCCAUGGGUCACCUGCAACCCAUGAACAUCUUCCUGCGGCAGGAGAUCGACCGCAUGCAGCGUGUGAUCUCCGCAGUACGCUCCACGCUACUUGAUCUGAAGCUGGCCAUUGAUGGCACCAUAAUCAUGAAUGAGAAUCUACGUGACGCAUUGGACAAUAUGUACGAUGCUCGAAUUCCAACCCUGUGGAAGAAGAUCUCGUGGCAAUCAUCCACACUGGGAUUCUGGUUUACCGAGCUGCUGGAGCGUGAUGCUCAGUUCCGUGCAUGGUGCUUCAAAGGCCGUCCCAAGGUAUUCUGGAUGACCGGUUUCUUCAAUCCACAGGGAUUCCUCACCGCUAUGCGACAGGAGGUGACCAGGGCACACACAGGCUGGGCACUGGACAGCGUGAUACUGGACAACACCGUGACGAGCAUGAACAAGACCGACGUUCGCUCACCACCGGAGGAAGGCGUCUACGUGCACGGGCUCUUCUUGGACGGGGCCGCCUGGGACAAAGAGGAGUCCUGCCUGGUGGAAUCACCACAAAAGGUCUUGUUCAGUCCCUUGCCGGUGGUACACAUCUUUGCCAUCAAUACGUCACCACCACCGGCAACAGCUAGCACCAAGGACAAGAAGAAGGAGAAGGUCGACAAGGCUAAGACCGGGACCAGCAGCGCUCCCAACACAGCGGCCUCUACGCCCACCCAUUCUGCUAAGCCUCCACCAGCGGCAGCCUCCACCAUCUCAAGAAAGAAGCCUGAGCGCAAAAAGGAUGAAUCACAAAAGCCUGAGGCAAAGUUUGAUCCGAAAAAGGGAGGGAAAUACCCAAAGCCGGACGCCGCAACCCGCAGGAGACUUAUAGAGACGGGAGCAAUGAACCGGGCAAGACCUGCCGACGAGCCGCCGCGAAAGCAAGAUAGGCUUGACACGGACCUGAGGAGCGUGCACUGGAUUAAACCCCCGCCACCGCCCGGCAAGCCACCAGCCGUCACGGGCAAGGUGAAGUAUGCGGCCUUGGAACGACGGCGUGUGCGACAGGUGAUACCUGCACAGGCGGCGGCGCCACCGCCUAAGAAGCCCUCCUGGCCUCAAAGACAGGGGCAGCCUGCUCCAGGUGCUGCUAAGGAGGCGACUGGUCAGGAUGCUAAGAAGCAACAGGACCCUUCAGCAAAGGCUAAAUCCACCAGCAGCAAAAAAUCAAAGUUUUCACCGCGCACGCGUGACAAGACCCCUGCCAACGCCGACCCGCCGCCCGAUGUGCCAGCAGUGGUGCAGGUACCCUCCACUCAUGAUGCUGGCUUGUUAGCGCAGGCAGGUAUGGCCGGUACUGACAUGUCCCUAAAGGCCAAAAGAACUGGACCGUUCCAACCGUACAGCUGUCCGGUGUAUAAGAAACCUCAGCGCACAGACCUGACCUACAUCACCACGCUCAAACUGAACACACCCGGCCAGUCCGCCGAUCACUGGACACUACGCGGCGUUGCACUGCUCUGUGACAUCAAGUAACCACGGCAACAGCUGUGGAUGCUGCUGUGCUGGUAGCCAUGGGACAACUUUAGAUACUAUUGUCAUGGUAACCAUGCAACAACUUUAGAUAUUAUUGUCAUGGUAACCAUGGGAACACCUUUAGCUGUGCCAGUACUGUUGUAACAACGGAAACCACUAUAAUAUACACUGCUGUGCUGGUAACCACGGGAACCACAUUAUAUUCUACUUUUCUGGCAAUCAAUAGCCAGACAAUCACACUAUACUGAUUCUCAGCUGCAUACUGCUUGUGAUCAAAUAUUAUAAAACUGAAAAACAUAAGUUUUCUCUCUGCAUUCUGCCGGUCUUUGUUGGCUUUCACGAGUUUCAUGCAAAACCGCGUAUCGUUCAAAAAUGUUGUUGAUGCGGAUCAGUACAUGAGAUACACGUAUUUGGAUAUGUUUUUGGUUUGAAUUUUGCACUUUCCAGCUCCACCGGUUUGCUGUUAGAUACAGUUACUGUUCUGUGCAACAAGUAAAUGUUUACGCUUGGCAUUGACUCUGUAGUCGUCAAUUAUUGUUUUUGCUGUUAGAUUUCUUUAUCCUUUGUUCAACGGCCAUGCCCAGAUGA